AUGGCUCUGCUACAGAACGAGGAAUUUGCUACAUGGUACAUGCGAACCUCCUAUCUCGCAAACAUCAAAGAUGGAAUUGGGGAGCGCUUGAUCAACAUCAACUCCUCGAUCCUGAAUACACCCGGCUUUAGAGCGGCAGGAUGGACCGUGAACCCAGCUGAUACCAAACGAACCUAUUCUCCUCCCAUUCCUACGAGCUCUCAUUCAGAGUACUUCCAAGGUCCUGUAGCUCCAGGCAUCUCUCGAAUCACAUCAUGGCCAGAGGAAGAGGAGGAAGGAGGUGUGGUCACGGGCCGAAGGAGCAAUGAUACCAUCGGACCCGCACCAGUGACCAAGAGGAGACGAAGGAGAGAGCAAAUGGAGGAAGAAGACAGUAGCGACCUCAGCGAUGAGAGUGAUGACGAUGCGGAAACUGCUCAACGUGCUGCUCAGCAGAUCAAGUUUGCUCGGAUGCCUGUGAGAGGCCGGGCUGGUUCGUCUCCCAUUCGAAGUUCGGACCUGAAAGAAGGACCUGAAGUUCUCGUCACGUCUCCUUCCAGGCGAUCCACGGACAGCAGAUUUAGGAGGGGCUCCAUGGGAGCUGUGGAAGCGAUGAAAGCAAGGGCCAGACGGGAUACCACGACCAGUAGUGAGAUGUCGUCCGAAAAUGAGGUCCUAACACCAUCAGUAUUCGCAAGACGACGCAUCCAUUCGCGCACCAAUUCAGCUAGCAAUCUUUUGAAGGAGAAGGUGACCGAGGAUGCUGAUGCGGAGGUUGGAGCAUCUGGCGAAGCACAUGACGACAACUCGGAUGCAGAAUCAGUCGAAUCUACCCUUUCAUCGGAAUUUGGUGCAACUUUGCAUUCUGGAUCUCUACUCGAUACAGUGGAGGUCCCUAAUCUUCAGAGCUCGUCACCCGUCCUGCCAAACCUAACCCCCCCAAACAGCUCGUCGCCAAAGAGGACAAAAGCCGAACCCAGUCCUGUCCUGCAAGACUUUCCAUCAUCCCGACCUAUCAGCGUCGUUGCUCCUGUGAGUCUUCUCGGUUCAGCCAUCAGAGCCAGGAAAACGAAGCCGGUGAAUCCUAUUGAAAGCUUUGCUACAUUAUCUGGCAAAGGCUCAACGAACCCCCUCUGGAUUAAGAUCUACGCACCUUUCUCUGACAACCCAGAAACCCCUUAUGAAAUGCCCCUGCAACGCACUUCCAAAGGGGGCACAGACACCACCGUUGCGGAAGCGAUCGGUUUGGGUCUUUGGCGAUACACCGAGCAGCGCCUCACUCCAGGCCUUGAAAACGACAAGCUCAAUGUUAAUAAAUGGACAAUGAGGAUGGUGGAAGAUGGGGAAGUCGAUUUCGAUUUUCCUGCACUGUCUCGAACCAGACCUAUGAUAGAUUUCACUUCGAAUAAUAAUCGAGGUGCUCGUGGUCGCUCUCGAGAGCGUCCCUUCGAUGAAUUUGCCCUUGUUGAGGCAAAUGCGCAACAAUUCGAGGAGAACCAGAAACUGACACCGAAGUACACACCGUCAACUACACCACAUGAAGAAGGCCCUGACGCUCCUGGACCUCCGGGCGCUCUUGUCCAGCCGACCGCGCCACGAACGCCACCUCCUCCCCAACGCUUCAAACCUGUGAUAGGUCAGCCUUUCUCUUCAGCUUUGCACAAUACCUCGCUGAGGCCAGCCGACAUGCCAGAACCACAGACCUCAUAUGCAACUCCACGUAUGGGUGUGAUGAAGACAUUACGAAUCCGUCACCUCGACCUAGAUGUCGUAAAUCAAGCCACAUCCGUGGACAUUGCAUCCGAUAGCUACAUCGCCGAGAUUUUGGAUCACGUCUGCAAACUUUGGAAACUCGAUAAAGCCGCCUACACCCUCAAAGUCUCCGGCACCAACACUGUCGCGCCCCUAGACCGAACCGUCGAAGCCCUCGGCACCCGCACCGAUCUCGACCUGGUCCGUCGGCGCUUCGGCGUCGGUCCCCACAGCAUGACAGGCUCACCUGGCAGUGCUUCACCCAACGCACCCCUACUCAUCGACAUUGAUGGACCCAAGAAGGGCAAAAAGGGCCUGCCGAUGCUCCAUCCCUUGGCGCAAAAACAAGACCUUAUCUCCUCUGCAGGCAACUUCAAGAAGUACAACGUCACUCGUAAACACCUGACUGCGUUUGCACAGGCCAGCCACAAGAAGACACUCGCGCUAGAUGCAGAUUACAUGCACAUCAUGCCGAUCGAUACAGACAAGACGAUGAACUCGACUAGUAAGACGACAUCGAUCCCAUUUGCCGAUAUCACGAAUACGAAAGUCAGUUCGCGGCACCCGAAGGUGUUUCGGGUGAUUAUCAAGAGAGCGAAUGAGAGUAAAAGGUAUGAUUUUGAGGCCAAGGAUGCGGCCGAGGCGGCGGAGAUCGUGGAUGAGAUCAAGAAGGUCAUGGUACCUCAGUGA